AUAGUGCUGUUUAGUGUCAGGCACUGGUUGCAUAUCCAUUUAUAUGGAGGCAGGUCUUUAAGAGUUUUAAGUCUUUCUCAUCAUAAAAGUCUAUUUCAUAAUUUGCAUUAAUCUUAUACACAGAGCCUAAUAAAAAAUUAACCAUAUGCUACGAUAAUUAUAUUAAGUGAUUAAUAGUAGAGGAUAUAUGACGGGGACAAAAAAUAUAGAAAUUAACUACACUAUCUUUUUUGAAUAUUGGAAAAGUUAUAGUAAAAAGGUGAAAAGUUUUGAUACAGAAGCAGAAGAGAAAAGUUUUCAUGCAGAAGUAUCUGAGAUUGUAAAAUCAGGUAAUGUUACAAAUUUUAGAGAGAGGAUAAUAGGGGAAGGUGUAGUUAUAAAAAGCCCUGGGGAAUUUAAAUCACUACUUCACCAUGCUGUUACUUGUGAAGAUGCAAAUAGAAUAGAGAUGAUCAGUGCUGUGUUACAAUCUAGUAUGGAUGACAUUAAUCACCAAGAUGAAAAUGGUGAUACUCCUUUAAUGCAUUUAUUAUAUGAAGCACAAGAAAAAGGUAAGUACACGAAGAAAGACCUAGAAGAGAUAAUAAAAUUUUUGGUAGAACGUGGUGCUAGUUUUAAGUUGAGAAACAAUGAGGGAGAGACGGCUGAUGACCUAAAAACUGUUUUGAUAAGCGAAAAGAUUUUAGAUGAUAAGAUUAAUAAGAUUAUAGAUGAGGCUGAAAAAUCUUCAAAUUUACCAAAUCAAAUUAAAGCACAGCUUAGUAAGUAUAUUACAAACAAUGGAAAUCCAAUUGUUAAGGAAGUUACAGCAUAUGGUAAUUAUGUACAAAUUGAGUUGGAUAGUGAUUGUACAGAAGUAAAAAUAAGUGAGUUUUUACAGAGUGAUUUUUGUAAGAAUAAUGGAAUUUCAGGAUUUUCAACAUUUCAUAAUGAUGACAAGGGUGGAAUGCAUGGCUUCUUAUCACCGAAUGGAUUAAGAAACUAUACUGUCACUGAUGGUUCAUAUGACAUGACGUUGGACUGGGUUGUUGGUGGCAAGAAAUGCACUAUUACAAUCAAUAUAAAUGAGGAUGGUGUAGUAGUGAUUGAUAAAGAUGGCGUAAUAGUGGAAGAUAGGAAUGGUCUUACUGAUGAACAGUUGAAAGCGAACAAAUAUGUAACAAUAAAUGGUGUAUCUUUAUUUGACGCAAUAAACAAUGGAAGAAAUAGAGAACAAAAGAUAGAACAGGAGAGUAUGCAAGAGGUAGACGAAGUGGACUCAAAUGCUUCAUUAAAUAGUGAGCAGAUUCGAAAAAAUAAAGCACCUCCUCAACUUGGUGUGCAACAACGUGAAUCUGCGACAGAUGCGAAGGGUAAUCCGUUGAAAAAAUUGCGAUUUACACAAGUUCCAGAUAGGUUACGUCAAGAAGAGACAAAUCCUAAAGUUAUUGGGUUGUCUGGUCAUGAGACAAGUCCUAAAGGUGUUGAUUGGUAUAGGGGAGAUACAGGUUCAGGUGUUGUUAGUGCUCCUAGACUUGCUGAUCAGCUUGAUGGGCAAGCUGAAUCAGGUGAUAGUGUGACGACAAGAUUACUAUCGGAAGACGAAUUUCAAGCUAGGGUGAAUCCACAAAAGGCAAGUACUCCUAAACGUACUGAGCAGUCUGAUCCAAGAAAUACAAAUCCUAAAGGUAUUAUUGAUUGGUCUGAUGGAGAUACAGAUUCCUUGAUUUUAGAUGAAGGUGGAGAAAGUACGCAAUUAAAUACUUCAACAGAAUUAGAUUCUGGCUUUUCAUCUCCCACUGGUAAUGCUAAACGUAAGAGUAUAGGAGAUCAAAGUACAUGGCAGGAAUUUGAGCGUGAGUUGAAGGGAAAAUUUGCACAGCCAAACAUGGGAUUGAAAUCACCUGGUACUAGUGAUUCUCAAACUAAGCAGUCAGAUUCUGGCUUGGGAUCAUCUCCGACAGCUCAUAGCAAUCAAUCUGCUUUAGACUAUGAACAAUUAACAAGAAAACUGAAUGGGUUGCGUCAAGGUGCUGGUGAUGAAGCUGCACAAUCGCGUUUGUCUAAAGAAGUAUUAUCUGAAGCAAUAUCCAAUUUGAAGACAGUUGAGAAACAACCAGCUGAAAAAUCAGAGGUGAAAACCCCAAUUAAUAUGAUGUUAAGUCAAAUACCAAAAGGACGUAUACGUGAGUUUCUGGAGAAUAAAAAAGAAAGUAGUGCACAAAAAACAGCUAAUGGUAAUGGGUUAGGUCAAGCAGCAAGCCAAUUAGCAGGUCAAAAAAAAUUACCAAUUUCACAACAGUUAAGUGUAGAGUCAAAAGCAGAAUUAUCUAGUGCUAUAUUGAGAUUGAAGCAUGUUAGCGAAGAUAAGAUGAAUGAAAACGCUAAAUCUUAUUUACGUGAUACAGGUGAUUAUAUUAAACCAAAGCAUACGGGGGCAGGAAGCAGGAAGCCUACUCAAAAUCAUGAUAAAACUCGAGUUGGGCAAUCUAAUGAAUUUAAUAGACAGGAAGGUCGGCAUGCAUUAAGGGUAAGAGCAAAUAGUUCUCAAGGACAAGAAGGGGGAUACAAGAGGUGAUAAACAAGCUUUUGUCAUUCCAGCAUUGCUGGAAUGACAUUAAAAAUUCAUGCAUUAUCAGAAACAAGGAA